AAGAGACCAAGCAUUAACAUCAGAGCUUUGGCAGAGUCUUAGAGAGAAGGACUGACAGCAGGGAAGAGGGCCAGUGCGGAGCAGGACCAUCCUGGACCAAGGGAGUCAUGGAUUUCCCCCCACAGUUCCCUCCUGGUUUUCAAAUAGUGCUCUGGAUAACCACAAUAGCUGCUUUUUCUAUCAGAUCAGAUGAGAAAGCCUCUGCAUUUCUCUAUUCACCCCCUAAGCUAUCUCCAAGCAAGAAUCGAAUGAUUUCUUCUGAUCAGUCUUCCUAUCCAGAAAUCCCAUGUAACUUAGGAUGGAACUGUUCCUGGGUUACGUCUUCCAAUGCUGCAGGAAAGCCAGACUGGAUACUGUCUUCAGUUGUCACACUGAUGUCUCAAGAAGAUCAGCAGAUUAUGGAAAACAGCUCAUCCAACAGAGAUCUAGAAGGGGAUAUUCUUCUUCUGAACACUAGUAAACUCACGGGCAGGUGUAAAUUCAGCCUCCACAGCCCUAUCUUGCCUUGGAGCUCUAGUUCCUGUCUGUUGGAGCUGGCCGUAUAUUCAAAGGGCACCUCUCUCAGAGGACUCUCUGCUGAAAUGAAAUAUGUGGAUACGAAUCAAACUAUAGCCAUCCAUCUUCAAAAAGGACAUGAACAGGAUGCUUGGGUGAAAUGGAAAGUACUGAUAGGUUCAGUUGGGCAAAUGGAAAGGCCCUUUGAGAUCACGUUGCUGUAUUCAGGCUGUAGAGAAAAAAGAGCUGGACUUUUGGCAAUAGGCUCGUUGCAACUCAGAAACUGUUUUCAUGACAAAGAAGGACUACACCUUUCCAAGUAUGAUGAGGGCUCCAUUGUUCCUUGCCCACAGAGGGGCUGUGUGAGCCAGCUCCAGGUCUGUGAUUUCAGCACUGAUUGUCCCUCCAAGGGAGAUGAUGAAUUUUUCUGUGCAGACACUUUACCGGAAGGUGCACAUUGUUCCUUUGAGGAGGAUCUCUGCGGCUGGAUGUUGGAUCAUAACCUGAACUUUUCCUGGUCUAUUGCUGGACAUUCAAAUUUCCAGGAAGAUCUGCUUAGAGGAUCUGCCUUACACACCACUAGAGGUCACUAUCUGUAUCUUCACAUAGAUAGCAAUCACACAGAUGGCAUUGCCAAGACAGUCAGUCCUAAUUUCCCUGCCGGUCUUGCCAGUGGAUCUUACCAGGUGCAGUUCUCAGCAUAUAUUUUUGGCAGUUAUAAUGGCACUAUCUCACUCAUUGUCCAAGAGCAGACAAAUGAAACUAGUGCUACAUCGCUGGUGUGGGAAAGGACAGGGAGCUGGAGUGAUCAAUGGUUUCUUAUAACAUUGGAUAUGCCAAGGCUUCAGAACAGCUUUCACCUGAAGCUGGUGGCAACUUGGGGCUGGAAUUCACAAGCUGACAUUGCUGUAGACAAUAUUACAUUUGGUCAAGAUUGCUUCUCUAAUGGAAGAAGAGAAAGCCAUCCUGAUGAAAACCAACAUUACCAACUGGACAUUGACACAUUGGAUGAGCGUCUCUUUAAUCCAUUAGAAGAACCCCUUGCUUUAGGGGAUGCCCCAGAUGUUCCUUGGUGGUUCUCAUCCUGUGGGGCCAGUGGCCCUCAGGGGCCAACUCAAGCACAAUGUCAAAAUGCCUAUCAUAACAGCAAUGUUUCAGUGACUGUUGAGAAAGAGGGGCCAUUACGUGGAGUACAAAUAUGGAAAGUACCAGAAACAAAGCAGUACAUGAUUUCAGCAUAUGGAGCAGCUGGAGGUAAAGGAGCCAAGAACCACAACAAGCGCUCCCAUGGGGUCUUCAUUUCGGCCAUCUUCAAAUUGGAGAAAGAUGAACUCCUCUACAUCUUAGUGGGCCAACAAGGAGAAGAUGCCUGCCCGGGGGCCAACUCUCAGACGAUGCAGAUCUGUCUGGGCGAAUCAUCAGAAAUCGAAGAAGAAUACAAGAAAGAAAAAGGACUCACUGAAUGGGCUGGAGGAGGGGGUGGCGGUGGAGGAGCCACUUACAUCUUUCGGAAGAAGAAUGGCGUUUUUGAACCUUUGCUCAUUGCGGCAGGAGGUGGAGGGAAGGCUUACAUGAAAUACCAGGAAGGCUCCCAUGAUGAUGAGUUCUUGGAACAGUAUGUCAAUGACACAGCAGUACCUGGAAUCAGUGGGAGAACUGGGGCAGCAGGUGGAGGUGGAGGCUGGGAAGGUGCCACCCAGGUCCCUUGGGCUGGGAAAUCACUUCUGGAAGGUGGAGAAGGUGGGGAGGCCUGCCCGCAAGCAUUACAAAAGCUUCAAUGGGCCACUUCAGGUGGUUUUGGUGGAGGUGGAGGAGCCUGCACAUCCGGAGGUGGUGGCGGAGGCUACAAAGGUGGCCAUGCCUUUGAAACAGAUGACAUCACAGCCGAUGGGCAGGACGGCGUUUCUUUUGUCAAUCCAAUCGGGGAGGUCUUCUUGAGUCCCUUGGCAGUGAUAGAAAGUCAUGGGGAAGUGAUAAUUGAAGUCUAUGUAAACUGCAACCAUUGCCAAUCGGGCCUCUGCAAACGAGCUCCUGACACCCACUUGCCAAUCUGUAUUUGUCAGGAUGACACUGUCUUGGCCAGUGACAAUGUCUCAUGCAUAGUGCUUCGUGGACCCAUCUUGGAGGGACGCUUGCCUCUUCCCCUUCUCCUGGCUGUGAUUGCUAUUGUAGUGGUGCUUGGGAUGGCUCUCACUUGUGGCAGCCUAUCAUUUGUGUAUCACCGUAAGAAGCAGCAGUUGGAAGGGGCCAGAGCCCGACUGCAAAGCCCAGAAUAUAAUCUGAGCAAAAUCCGGACUUCCACCAUCAUGACAGAUUAUAACCCCAACUACAGCUUUGCAGGGAAGGCAGCCACACUCAGUGAACUCAAGGAGAUCCCACGGAAGAAUAUCUCCCUACUUCGGGCACUUGGACAUGGAGCAUUUGGUGAAGUUUACAAAGGAACAGUGGUAGGAAUCACAGCAGAUCAUAGUCCAUUACAAGUGGCUAUCAAGACAUUGCCUGAAAUAUGUUCUGAGCAGGACGAGAUGGAUUUCCUAAUGGAAGCACUGAUAAUCAGCAAGUUCAAUCACCAGAAUAUUGUACAAUGCAUUGGAGUUAGCCUCCAAACCUUGCCUCGCUUCAUUCUUUUGGAGCUUAUGACUGGUGGGGAUAUGAAAAGCUUCCUUCGGCAGAACCGGCCUCGGGUGAAUCAGCCAUCUACUUUGACAAUGCAGGACUUGCUUGACAUAGCAAGGGAUAUCGCUUGUGGUUGCAAGUAUCUUGAGGAGAAUCAUUUCAUUCAUAGGGAUAUAGCUGCAAGAAAUUGUCUUCUGACUUGCACGGCGCCUGGACGAGUAGCUAAAAUUGGUGACUUUGGAAUGGCUCGAGAUAUCUAUAGGGCAAGCUACUAUCGCAAAGGAGGGCGAGCCAUGCUUCCCGUCAAGUGGAUGCCCCCAGAGGCAUUCCUGGAAGGCAUCUUCACUUCCAAGACUGACACUUGGUCCUUUGGAGUGUUGCUGUGGGAGAUCUUCUCCUUGGGCUACAUGCCUUAUCCUUGCAAAACCAACCAGGAAGUACUAGAAUUUGUCACCAGUGGUGGACGAAUGGAUCCCCCAAAGAACUGCCCAGGGCCUGUUUAUCGGAUUAUGACACAGUGUUGGCAGCACAGCCCUGAAUACCGGCCCAAUUUCUCUACCAUUCUGGAAAGAAUAAAGUACUGCACACAGGACCCUGAUGUGAUCAAUACAGAGCUGCCCGUUGAAUGCAGCCCAACACCAGAUGAUGAAGGAAGCACUGUAUUGCAUCCAAAUAGUUCCACUGGCAUGGUUCCUUUCCUGGGGAACUCUACCUGUACGCCUCAGACAAACCCCCGAACACUGGAAGAUCAUAAUUCAGGGAACAAAUAUGGGCAAUGUCCACAAGAGUUGCUAGUGGAGAACCUUGGUAACUGGAUAGGCAGAGGACUGAGCCUGCCUGGCACCAGUGAUUCCAGGAGUGAGGCUUGGGCUCAGUCAACCAUAGACCCAAAACUGGAUUCCACAAGUCAGCCAAAGCAGAAGCUGAAGAACAAAACUAAAAACCUUUGGAAUCCAACAUAUGGGUCCUGGGUCUUGGAGAACACUUGCCAGCCCAGUCCCAGCUCCAAACUCAAUCCAACACAAGAACGAGAAGAUUCUGGUUUUGAUGGGAAUUGCAGUUCUUCUCCCAGUUCUCGAGCAUCACCUUCAUCUCCAAGCCAGAACCAUUCACCUCAUAUUGAUAUUGCUGGGAUUGAACUGGUGAAGCUACAGAAUUUUCCCUGUGGCAAUGUGAAUUAUGCUUAUGAUGACCUCUGCUAUGAAGCAAAUAGGCCUUCACCUUUGGCAGCAGAGUCAACCACAGUUUUGAGGAGUGCCAGUCUGCACAGAGAUGGCACACUUUUCUCAAAGCCAGAGAAAACCUCAAGAGAGAGGGACUCUGGCCUCUCCUUAUCUGACGAUCUCAGUGUCACACCUGUGUAAUAGGGGAUGCUCUUCCAAAGAGUUAGGCCUUCGCUCUGGGAGUAUGUCCAGAACAGCAAUGAAAAUGCCUGUUUUUUGUUGUCUCUUCCCUUCUUUCCUUCCAGCUCUUCCUCCCACUCUCCACCCUCUAGAAACAAACGGAUUAAUGUUGUUUUGCUCUGGCUGCCAGCACUGUGAAUACCCAAUGAAGUAUUUCAAAAUUAUAAAAGUUGAUCCAACCUAUUAAGCCAUUGCUUGCAGUUACAGGAUAUAAUGAGGUCCUUGCUAAUGGUCCAUGGAGGCAGUCACACCCAAUCACCUCCAGUGAAAAAUUAUCCCUACCACAAGAGGUCAGAAUUGGCAAAAACAUGAGUUACUGUUAUAGCCCAAUGGUCUGUAUUGCACUUUCCAGAUGAUCAAUUAUUAAGUCUGAUUUAGUGAGUAAAAAAUGGGUUUGCAUUGGAUACAAUGACUGAAAGCUAUAGGUUGCAACAAGGAAGGACCAGUAUUUUCACAACAGAAGAUCCAAGGUAUUGUCGAAAGCUUUCAUGGCCUGAAUCACUGGGUUGUUGUAGGUUUUUCCGGGCUAUAUGGCCAUGUUCUAGAGGCAUUUUCU